AUGCAUGUGAAUCUUUGUUGUUUAGGCCUCGUUUCGGCGCAAGGAUAUGAUACAUGGAUUCUUGAAGUCAGAGGUGCUGGCCUGAGCACACAUGGUACUGACUUGGGGGAAAUAUAUGGUAGGCGUAUUGGAUUCAUGUCGUUUGUUAGAGGCAGAGCAAAAGCGUGCGACAGAGAUCAGGGGUUUAAGUCGGAUACCAUUCAACAUUAUAGAAAGGAUUUCCAGAAGCAGCUUGAUCUAAUUGCCAAGCUUGAUUGGGAUUUUGAUCACCACUUGGAAGAAGAUGUGCCUGUUGCGAUGGAGUACAUAAGAACUCAAUGCAAACCAGAGGAUGGGGAGCUUCUCGCAAUUGGUCACUCGAUGGGGGGUAUCUUGCUAUAUGCAAUGCUCUCACGAUUUGAUAAGUUGCCAAGCUACAUUUUACAAUUUCUUUUGUAUAUCUCUGCCUCUGGAACCAACGUUGAUGAGCAUACUAAAUCUGCCUGUGGUGCUCAGAGAGAACCUGCGCAGGUGCUAAACGUUCCUGUUCCGUUCGGUGCAAUAUAUACUGUUAUUCAUCAUCUUGUGAGUGGCACACCAGCUUUAUCUUGGUUAAAACCUCAAGUUUCUGCGCAAGACAUGAUGGAUCCGGAGUUGUAUGAAAAGCUUGUCUUUAACGACUUUUGUAUUGUCCCGGCUAAGCUUCUCUCAACAGCCUUCCAGGAUGGUGGUUUGUGUGACAGGAGUGGGACUUUCUAUUACAAGGCUCAUCUGUGCAAAAGCAACGUCCCCAUAUGUCCUCCUGAAGCUGUUUAUGAAACAGUGAAGGUAAUCCCUGAGCAAUUGGUGACCUUCAAAGUUCUUGGAGAACUCGGUGGUCCUUACUAUGCACACUACGAUUUAGUUGGAGGUCGCGGGGCAGCAGAGGGAGCGUACCACACAUUAUUUAGUUUCUCAAUCGUCUUGACAGGGCUUGAUUUUUUCAUCUGCACAAAUCUUUUUUUUGAAUCAACAACGCAUGGUCUGAGAUACAUCUGGCACAAUUCUUUAUAAAAGGGCAACCAUAUGAAGAAUCCCCAAAAGGGGGUCAAAAUGGCGAUAGAUACGUACAUAGUUCUAAUCAAUGUAACUUAUAUGUAUAAAAUGCAAACCAACGUUAGUUCAAGUGUUGGUAGUAAGAUGUAAAACAUUGAUCCCACCUUGAGAACUGGCAAAUUCAUUACAUAUA